UUCCGGUGUAACGCUUUGCGGACACGUUGAUUGCGUGGACGAGGUUAACGUGCGAGGUUAACGAUCACGAAUUCUCGCGUGUGUGUGUAUGUGUGUGUGUGUAUAUGUAUCGUUGUUUUCUUUAUAGGACGAACAAAAUUGCUGCGUGAGAGUGACGUGAUCUCGCGAUUUUGCGACUCGUGUGCCGCAAACCUGUGUCUAAAAAACCUGUUUCUAAAAAGCAUCAUUUACACAUUUCUCUUGCAGAUUGCAACCGUAAAAAUACACUGUAAAAAUGGAUAAUAGUGAUAAAUUCGUUGGGAAAGGCCGUGGCUCUUUCCUGUUGGAGAUGAUGAAACAAAAGACUAAGGAGGAGCGUUUGCGGACUGAAGCACUGCCUCACUCCUUGGAAACACCUAGCAGUCCAUCUGAACAAAUAAGUUCGGAAAUCUUAUCUACCAGCUCGAGUUUUGGUGUGGGCCGUGGACGUGGGCAAUUGGUCACUGCUCUAAUGUCGAGGAGUAGCAAUGUACCAGCGUCUAAGGGCCUCUUGUCGGUAGGAAGUUAUGGUCGAGGAUCCCUGUUAAGUAGUUUAACGCGGACCGUUGGUUCUAGUUCUGAUGUGCGUCUGGCUACCUCCGCACAAGUUAGUACGAGCAGUACACAAGCUAGUAUGAGCAGUACACCCACCAAAGAACAUUCCAAAGUUUUAGAACAAUUUGCCGAUGUUUCGAUACGUGAGAGUCAGUCCACAGUUGAUGUAUCGACUUCCGAAGAAAGCGCACCGAUAUGUCGACAGGGGAAAAGUGGAAUGAAAAUAGAAGUGUUUGCCAAUUAUAUUGACCUAAAGUUGGAACCUGGCAAAGGUCUAUUCCAGUAUGAAGUUAAAUUUACGCCAGAUAUAGAUUCUAGGCCGUUACGUCGUAAACUGCUCAAUCAACAUUCCGCCGAGUUGGGGCGCACAAGAAUAUUCGACGGGACGAUACUUUUUUUACCAACAAGAUUGCCACAGAUCAAAACUUGCUACGAGUCUGAACAUCCGAUGGACGGAUCGCGAGUGAGCCUUGCCAUUAUUUACCAAAAGCAGCAGUCGAUGAGCGAGAACGUUCAGUUUUUCAAUGUUUUGUUCAAUCGUGUGAUGCGUGCGCUCAAUCUAGUCCGCAUUGGUCGACAAAAUUUCAAUCCAAGGGGCGCGUAUAAUCUGACUAAACAUCGAUUAGAAGUGUGGCCUGGUUACAUCACCGCCGUAAAUGAGUACGAGGGUGGCUUGAAACUGUGUUUAGAUGCGAAACAUCGGGUGAUGCGGAUGGAGACGGUGCGCGACUUGAUGGGUGAUGUUCUUAAAGCAGGAAAGCCAAAUACCGUGGAUGACGCGAUAAGAGAAAUAGUGGGAUUAAGCGUAUUAACGAGAUACAACAACAAGACGUAUCGCAUAGACGACAUCGCGUGGGAUAAGUCACCAAACUAUGAAUUCUCCAAGAACGGAGAGAACAUGUCCCUGGUGCAUUAUUACAAGCAACAAUGGGGCAUUGACAUCAAAGACAUGGGCCAACCGCUGUUGGUACAUCGUGCCAAAGUUAAAACAUCGACUGGCGAGACGGAGGAAAAAACGAUACUUUUGGUACCAGAAUUGUGCUACAUUACGGGUAUCACGGAUAACAUUCGCUCGAAUCAUCAUAUUAUGAAAGAUUUGAACGAUGUUACGAAAAUGUCGCCGAAUCAACGUCGCGAUGUGAUCAGGAGGUUCGUAAAAGACGUAAAGGAUAAUCCAGUGACGCAACAGAUAUUAUCAGAAUGGGGUUUGCACUUGAGCGACGAUAUAGUUCGAUUCCCUGGAAGACAACUCGGCUCUGAAAUGAUAAUUUUCGGACGUAAAAAGACCUACCAGUCUGACAGACCUGGCGAUUGGAGUAAUUUUGCAGUAAAAAAUCCAGUAUUGUAUACCCCCAAUCUAAACAAAUGGCACAUCUUGUACUGUGUGCGGGAUCAAAAAUGCGUAGCCGACUUUCUGCGGAUGAUGAAAACGAUCUGUGGACCGAUCGGAAUGCAAAUUAACAAUCCACGAGAGAUCAUGUUAAAGGAUGACAGGACCGACACGUACCUGCGAGAACUGCAAAAGAGUUUGGACGACGGUAUUGAAUUAGUAGUCGUCGUAUUUCCGACCAAUCGCACCGACAGAUAUUCCACGAUCAAAAAACUGUGUUGCGUACAAAAGGCCAUGCCGUCGCAAGUCAUUAUUGCGAAAACAAUCUCCAAACCUCAGAAACUGAAGAGCGUCACGGAAAAGAUAGCGCUUCAAAUCAAUUGCAAAUUGGGAGGUGCACUUUGGACCGUAAAUCUGCCAUUGAGAAAUUGUAUGGUGUGUGGCAUAGACGUGUAUCACGCCGGUGUAGGAACCGGGUUAAAGAAGAGUGUCGCGGGAUUCGUCGCAAGUUUGGAUACCCAGCUGACCAAGUGGCACAGUAGGGUAUGCAUACAAGCCUCUAGGCAAGAGCUGGUGGAUAUGCUGCAAAUGUGCCUUGUUGCAGCUAUUAAUGCGUUCCACAAGCAUAACGGAUGCAAUCCGGACCGUAUAAUUAUAUUUCGUGACGGGGUCGGUGACGGUGACUUGGAUUACGUCCACAAGUACGAGGUAAAACAGCUAUUGCUGACCUUCGACCGCAUCGCAUCAAACUACAAGCCACAGCUCAGCGUGGUUGUCGUUCAGAAGCGUAUCAAUACGCGAGUGUUCAUCGGAGGAGCGGGAGGCUUGGAUAACGCCAAGGCGGGGACUAUAAUCGAUUCCUGUGUAACGAGGCGGAACUACUACGAUUUUUUCCUCGUGCCGCAGAGCGUGCGGCAGGGGACAGUGACGCCCACUCACUACGUCGUUAUCCACGAUUCGUCCAACAUGGAGACUGAUCACAUGCAACGACUCACGUACAAACUUUGUCACCUCUAUUACAAUUGGCCCGGUACGAUUCGCAUACCCGCUCCUUGCCAAUACGCGCACAAACUCGCGUACCUGGUUGGCCAAAAUAUCCAAGCUGAGCCACAUCAUUCCCUCUCGGAUCUACUGUUUUACUUGUGACUUUUUUCGUCCUUAUUUAAGCCUUAUUACUUCGACUAUUACGAUUCAGCUCUCUCUGUGCUCAUUAUUCUUUUUUUUUUUUUUCGUUUUUUAUGAUGUUUCUUCCUCGAAUAUAGAGUAUACGAAAACAUUGUGUGCAAUACAUGUGAGCAUAUUAGUAUUGCAAUAUUCCUAUAAAACGUACCUGCCGCUUGAUCGUGAAUGACAAUAAUUCCGAGUAGAUUCGUACUUGAAAUUUGAAAGAUUUACGAAGGAAAGAGACGAUAGAUGAAAGGGACUAUUACCAAGUAUACUAUAUGAUACGCGGUGCACUUGGGAUAUGUCUCAUCUUAAAAUGAUUCAUUUCAUUAGUACCAACUAAUAGUACGAGCUAGCACUUGCAUUUGUCUUGACCCAAAAAGUAAUUCCGUAUUUAGCACUCGGGGUGAAUACCGAUGCAAGUAUAGUGCCAUACAUAAUCCGUAGUCUGUUUUUUUCCUUUUUUUAUCUGCAUUUCGUAAUACAGCAUGUGCUGCAAAUCCCCUAUACGUGUACAUUUUCUAGUUUUGCGUUACCAAUACAUAGAACUGUCGUAAACGCGAUCGGAAAGUACUUUAAGAGCUACUUCGACCAAAGUCCAGUUAAUUUAAUCGUCGAUUAACUCACUCUUCGUCUCUUUCUAAAGCAGAUAAUUAGAAAAGGACGAGUAGUGAGUUAAACUACGGUUAAAGUUAAACGGUAUUGGUAGAAGCGGGCCUAAAUGUGGGAAAAACACUUGGACACUUUAUUUCUCUUUUGUUUAUUUAUUUUUUUCUUUGCUUCUAGUUACUUCUAGUCAAGUAUUAGUAACGACAAUUUGAGACUGAGAAAUUAGUAAUCUCCUCAUGUUCUUCUCAUGUUUCGCAGUGCUUCUAUAAGAUAUUCUUGUAGAAAUAUUAACCAGUAUUAUUAAGUGCUUAGUUUUUAUUUUUUUAAUUUGCAAAUCGGUGUGUAAGAAGAAUGCCAUUAUCUCAUAAAGUCACAUAUCAUUACCACUAUGACCAUGAUCGUUAUCAUUUCACAACUCUUGAAAUAGUAUCGGUAUAACUACAUGUAACUUUCAAAGUUUUCGUUUGUACAGCUGAAUUGUGAUGUAGAGGUGUUGCGUACAAAAUUUAAUAUAAAACUACGCUAGUCUAGUAAAAGAGAGAAAAAAAAGACUUGACUAGAGUGUCUCACUCUCGUGUGCUAUCGCGCGAGUGAAGAAUCCCGACGAGACAAUAUUCCUUAUGCUUGCUGGGUGAUGAAAUCUUUUCUCCGCAAAUGAAAUGGAUCUCGUAUUUGCGAUUACCAAGCAAAUGCUUACGCGCGAUGCAUCGAGCGUGUUUGUUCAAGACUGUUGUACGCGAGCCAAUUAUCCUGUAUUAUUCUGCACAAUGAUGGUUUAUUCUAGAUAAGACAAUAGAUUAUGUUUUAUGUAAGAUCUAUACCUGUAAGUACGUGUCUACGAUAAACGUGGAGUAUUCUUUUUUUCUUGUUUGUUUAUCGAUGCGACAUUAAUCAGAGUUUGAUUUCGGAGAAGAGGAAAAAGGAAUAUUCGACCGUACUGAAUUCUUUGAUAAUCGAUUCCACAUGCGCGGUACGUUUCGUAAAUGAAGGGAAAAGAGGAAAAGAAAAUGUUUGGUAUAUGUAUACACGUAUGAACUCAGCUGCAGAUUAUAUAUAUCAUUUUUGACGACCAUUCCCCAUUUAUUGGAUAGUUGAAAAUGCCUUGUUUUUUGGAGUACAUAUUAUCGUGUCCUUUUAAUAAUAUAUUGAGUUGGCCAAAAA